AUGACGUGUGGUGACUACCUGCCUGACUUCGUUCGUGUCACGGGGAGAGAUUUCCUGGAGGGGACUUCGACAAAUCCCGAUGUAUGGAUGAACUUUGGGAUUAUGUGGAUCUUCAUCCUCUUUAACAUCUUUGGUGCUGUUUUUCUUUACUGGAUGUUUCGAGUCCCCAAGAAGAUGGAAGUGCAUGAGACGGCCACGAUUGAGGGAGACCUUUGA